ACUCAGCCCUGAAGCUUGCUAGGUAGCCGCAGGCCAGGCACCUAUGCCUCGCCUAACUCAAAAGGUUGAUGAUAUAACGAAAAACAACGCGUGCCCCCCUGAGCUACUUGGAAGAACGUUUUGGCUGUACUAAUACUACUGCUGAAUUGGUGCAUUAAGGAUUUGCCUUUUCCCAGUUUCUUUACUUGCCUAAACAGACAUUAUGAGGAGAUUGGCUUUUCGCGGUGCUGGUUGUACUCUGAAGAAGUUGGAUUCCAUGGGUUCCAAGAGGCGAAGGGCUACCUCUCCUUCCAGCAGUGUCAGUGGAGGAGAUUUUGAUGAUGGUCACCACUCCACAAAUACCCCAGGCCCAAGUAGAAAGAGAAGACGGCUUUCCAACCUCCCAACAGUUGAUCCAAUUGCUGUGUGUCAUGAAUUAUACAAUACAAUCAGAGAUUACAAAGAUGAACAAGGGAGGCUUCUGUGUGAGCUUUUCAUUAGAGCCCCCAAACGAAGAAAUCAGCCAGAUUACUAUGAAGUGGUUUCUCAGCCUAUUGAUUUAAUGAAGAUCCAACAAAAACUAAAAAUGGAAGAAUAUGAUGAUGUGAACCUGCUAACUGCUGACUUCCAGCUGCUAUUUAAUAAUGCAAAAUCCUACUAUAAGCCAGAUUCUCCCGAAUAUAAGGCAGCCUGCAAGCUGUGGGAUUUAUAUAUACGCACAAAAAAUGAAUUUGUACAAAAGGGAGAUGCUGAGGAGGAGGAUGACGAGGAGGAUGGCCAUGACAAUCAAGGGACAAUUUCUGAAAUAGUAAGCUCUUCUCCAGGGUAUUUAAAAGAGAUUCUUGAACAGCUUCUCGAGGCCGUAGUCGUAGCCACAAAUCCAUCAGGCCGCCUCAUUAGUGAGCUUUUUCAGAAGCUUCCCUCUAAAGUGCAAUAUCCUGACUAUUAUGCAAUAAUUAAGGAGCCCAUAGAUUUGAAGACUAUUGCCCAGAGAAUACAGAAUGGAAAUUAUAAAAGCAUUCAUGCAAUGGCCAAGGACAUAGAUCUUUUAGUUAAGAAUGCCAAAACCUACAAUGAGCCUGGGUCUCAAGUAUUCAAGGAUGCAAAUGCAAUUAAAAAAAUAUUUAAUAUGAAAAAGGCAGAAAUUGAGCAUUCGGAAUUGACCAAAUCAAGUCUCCGAGCCAGGACUGCAAAUUUGGCUGCUUCCAAGCUGACAGGUCCUUCCUCACAGGGUAAAGGCAAUGUCGUUGAUGAGAGAAAUUCUGCUAAUAAAUAUUACCGUAACAAAAGAGCAGUCCAAGGAGAUCGUUUAUCAGCAAUAACUAUGACACUGCAAUAUGGAUCUGAAAGUGAUGAAGAUGCUGUUCUGGCUGCUGCUGCUCGUUAUGAAGAAGGAGAAUCUGAAGCUGAGAGCAUUACAUCCUUUAUGGAUAUUUCCAGUCCUCUCUAUCAACUUUAUGACACAGUUAGAAGCUGCCGGAACAACCAGGGUCAGCUCAUAGCGGAACCUUUUUUCCACUUGCCCUCCAAGAAAAAAUAUCCAGAUUAUUAUCAGCAAAUCAAAAUGCCUAUUUCAUUGCAGCAAAUCAGAACAAAACUAAAGAACCAUGAAUAUGAAACACUUGACCAUUUAGAAUGUGAUCUCAACUUGAUGUUUGAAAAUGCCAAACGUUACAAUGUUCCAAAUUCAGCCAUCUAUAAAAGAGUAUUGAAAAUGCAGCAGGUUAUGCAGGCAAAGAAGAAGGAGCUAGCUAGAAGAGAUGAAAUUGAGGAUGGGGACAGUAUGAUCUCUUCUGCCACAUCUGAUGCUGGAAGUUCAAAACGAAAAAGCAAAAAGAACAUAAAGAAACAGCGCAUGAAAAUUUUAUACAAUGUUGUUCUUGAGGCGCGAGAGCCAGGCACUGGCCGAAGGCUGUGUGAACUGUUUAUGGUGAAACCUUCCAAAAAAGACUAUCCAGAUUACUACAAAAUCAUCUUGGAACCAAUGGAUUUAAAGAUAAUAGAGCAUAAUAUCCGCAGUGACAAAUACUCAGGGGAAGAGGGAAUGAUAGAAGAUAUGAAGUUAAUGUUCCGGAAUGCAAGGCAUUAUAAUGAAGAAGGCUCACAGGUAUACAAUGAUGCUCAUAUCCUGGAGAAGAUUCUUAAAGAAAAAAGAAAAGAGCUGGGACCUCUAAUUGAAGAUGAAGAGGUUGCUUCUCCCAAACUGAAAUUAAGUAGAAAAACUGGUAUAUCCCCUAAAAAAUCAAAAUAUAUGACUCCAAUGCAACAGAAACUUAAUGAGGUGUAUGAAGCAGUGAAGAACUACACAGAUAAGAGAGGUAGAAGACUCAGUGCAAUUUUUCUACGACUUCCCUCUCGGUCAGAGCUUCCGGACUAUUACCUGACCAUUAAAAAGCCCGUUGAUAUGGAGAAGAUCAGAAGUCACAUGAUGGCCAACAAGUACCAGGACAUCGAUGCCAUGGUAGAAGAUUUUGUAAUGAUGUUCAAUAAUGCCUGCACUUACAAUGAACCUGAAUCCUUGAUUUACAAAGAUGCCCUGGUACUGCAUAAAGUUUUGCUUGAAACCAGAAGAGACAUAGAAGGUGAUGAAGAUUCUCACGUUCCCAAUGUAACACUGCUGAUCCAGGAGCUUAUACAUAAUCUUUUUGUCUCUGUCAUGAGUCAUCAAGAUGAUGAGGGCAGGUGCUAUAGUGACUCCUUAGCUGAAAUUCCUGCUGUUGAUCCCAGUUUUCCAAAUAAAGCACCCCUGACUUUUGAUAUCAUACGAAAAAAUGUAGAAACUAACCGGUACAGGAGAUUGGACUUGUUUCAAGAGCAGAUGUUUGAAGUGCUGGAGCGAGCAAGGAGGAUGAACCGGACUGAUUCAGAGAUUUAUGAGGAUGCAGUAGAACUUCAACAAUUCUUUAUCAAAAUCCGUGAUGAACUCUGCAAGAAUGGAGAGAUUCUUUUAUCACCAGCCCUCAGUUACACCACCAAACAUCUUCAUAAUGAUGUAGAAAAAGAGAAGAAGGAAAAACUUCCAAGGGAAAUGGAGGAGGACAAACUCAAAAGAGAAGAGGAGAAGAGAGAAGCUGAAAAGAGUGAAGAUUCUUCUGGAGGAUCAGGACUGUCUAGUUUACACAGGACAUACAGCCAAGAUUGCAGUUUUAAGAACAGCAUGUAUCAUGUUGGAGAUUAUGUAUAUGUUGAACCUGCAGAAGCUAAUUUGCAACCUCAUAUAGUCUGUAUUGAACGACUGUGGGAAGAUUCAGCUGGAGAAAAAUGGUUGUAUGGCUGCUGGUUUUACCGACCAAAUGAAACAUUCCAUCUUGCUACCCGAAAAUUUUUGGAGAAGGAAGUGUUCAAGAGUGACUAUUACAAUAAAAUUCCUGUGAAUAAAAUUCUAGGCAAAUGUGUGGUCAUGUUCGUUAAGGAGUAUUUUAAGCUGUGUCCAGAAAAUUUUAGGGAUGAGGAUGUUUAUGUUUGUGAAUCACGUUACUCUGCAAAGACAAAGUCUUUUAAAAAAAUUAAAUUAUGGACUAUGCCAAUUAGUUCUGUACGAUUUGUCCCACGAGAUGUGCCCUUGCCUGUGGUUCGAGUUGCAUCAGUCUUUGCUAAUACAGACAAAGUUGAUGACGAGAAACACACUGAAACAUUAGAAGAAAACAAAGUGGGAGACAAUGUCCUUAGCCUUCAAAAGGAUAAGGAAGAUGUUCCAGUAGAAAUGUCAAAUGGAGAACCUGGCUGUCACUACUAUGAACAACUUUGUUACAAUGAUAUGUGGCUGAAGGUUGGGGAUUGUGUGUUUAUAAAAUCGCAUGGCUUAGUCCGACCGAGAGUUGGCAGAAUAGAAAAAAUGUGGGUAAGAGAUGGAGCUGCAUAUUUCUUUGGGCCCAUCUUUAUACAUCCAGAGGAAACGGAGCAUGAGCCAACUAAAAUGUUUUACAAGAAGGAAGUUUUUUUGAGUAACCUGGAAGAGACUUGUCCAAUGACUUGCAUUUUGGGAAAGUGUGCAGUGUUGUCUUUCAAAGACUUCCUGUCCUGCAGGCCAACUGAGAUUAAUGAAAAUGAUGUUCUCCUCUGUGAAAGCCGCUAUAAUGAAAGCGAUAAACAGAUGAAGAAGUUUAAGGGACUGAAAAGAUUUUCUCUUUCUGCAAAAGUAGUAGACGAUGAAAUUUACUACUUCAGGAAGCCCAUAGUUCCUCAGAAGGAGCCAUCUCCACUCCUUGAAAAGAAGAUUCAGCAGCUAGAAGCAAAAUUUGCUGAACUGGAAGGAGGUGAUGAGGACAUUGAAGAGAUUGGGGAAGAGGAAGGUGAAGUUGCAGAAGCUCCAGCUAUUCCUCAGCUUCAGACUCCAUUGUCUAAUGAACUAGAUAUAAUGCCAUAUACACCACCUCAGUCCACUCCAAAGUCUGCCAAGGGUAGUGUAAAGAAGGAAGGAUCCAAAAGAAAGAUAAACAUGAGUGGUUACAUCCUAUUUAGUAGUGAAAUGAGAGCAGUUAUCAAAGCUCAGCACCCGGACUAUUCUUUCGGAGAGCUCAGUCGGCUUGUUGGAACAGAGUGGCGAAACUUAGAAGCAUCUAAGAAAGCAGAAUAUGAAGAGCGGGCAGCUAAGGUUGCUGAGCAGCAGGAGAGAGAGAGAGCAGCACAGCAACAGCAGCAGAAUUCUUCCCCCCGGGCAGGUACUCCUGUGGGGGCUCUUAUGGGGGUAGUGCCACCACCAACACCAAUGGGGAUGCUCAAUCCGCAGUUGACACCUGUUGCAGGCAUGAUAGGUGGCUAUCCACCAGUGCUGCCACCUUUACAAGGCCCAGUUGAUGGCAUUGUUAGCAUGGGCAGCAUGCAGCCACUUCACCCUGGGGUGCCUCCACCCCACCAACUUCCACCAGGCAUGCCAGGCAUCCCACCUCAGGGUGUAAUAGGCCAAAAUGUUUCUUCCAUGGUAGGAGCUCCAGCCCCAGGAAGUCCAUUUGGACAGCAAAUGGGUAUCCUUGGCCCUCCAGGCCAACAGGCACCACCACCCUAUCCUGGUCAAAAUCCCACAACUCAGCAGGUUAUUCAGCAGCCUACAACUCCUAUGUUUGUUUCCCCUCCGCCAAAGACACAGCGGCUUCUUCACUCUGAGGCUUAUCUAAAAUACAUUGAAGGUCUAAGUGCUGAUUCAAAUAGCAUUAGUAAGUGGGACCAGACCCUUUCAGCCCGAAGGCGUGAUGUCCACCUCUCAAAAGAACAGGAGAGCCGUCUUCCUACGCACUGGUUGAAGAGCAAAGGGGCCCAUACGACAAUGGCAGAUGCACUGUGGCGCCUUCGAGACUUGAUGUUGAGAGAUACUCUUAAUAUCCGUCAAGCAUACAACAUAGAAAAUGUUUAACUUUUUGAUACCAACAUAUAAAGAGUUCGUGGAACAAUAGCAGUUUUAGUUAUUGGUGGGGGUGGGCAAACCGUUUUUAUUGCAUCUUACUGUACAUUGCAAGAUUUUUUUUAUAUAAGGACACUUUUAAUAAGUAUAUUUCACUUUUUGUUAUAUUAUGUUGACUUUUCUUAAAUAUACAGACUUGUGCAUAUGGUUCUUUGACUUGGAAGAUAAUCUCAUAUUUGGUUAUAAAUGCAAAACAAUGUUUCAUCCUUUUCUUUAUUCUGAGAUUUCUAAUGCCAUCAAUUUUUUAAAAACAACAAAAGAGUGUUUACAGUUUCAGUCAGAAAAAUGUGAAAUCAUUCCUGGUUUACAUCUUAGCAGAAUGAGGACUAUGUGCUUCUGUAGUAGUUACUUCUGGCAGAUACAUCACAUGGACUAAAGUACUUGCUCUAAAUAAACCUGUUGGGCUGAGGUGGUGAUAGGAAUCAACUUGGUAAGUGUUAAAUCAUAAUUGUGUGGCUGUUCUAUGGGUCUCAGAGCUUUUUAUUAAAGGACCGAAAAGCAAUAACUUUGGAUAGAGUAACUUCCAACUGGUAUUUGCAGUUCCAUUUGUUAUUUGCAGAACUGUAACUAUUGGGAGUAGACUCAUCAACAAAAGUAAGAAAGCGUGCAUGCGCUGCUAGCAAAUGUUGGCCUAAGGAUAUAUUUAUUGCACUUCUCUAGUAUGAGAUCUCCACUCAUCACCACUGCACUCCCGGGGGGCGGGGGGGGGGAAUUAGAGGAAACUUGCAGAUGUUUCUUGCUGUUUUAAGAUGGUUCAGGUUUUGAUAGGAAACAUAAUGCCUUUUAUCUCCAAAUCAAUAACAGAACAUUUACAUAUUAAAAAUUAGAUUUUUAAAGGUGCAAAGUUUUAUCUGGCAAUUCCUGUAUUUACGAUUUUUUUGACAUUCCUAUCGCCGGAAGCAGAACCAGACAUUUCAUUCUUUGUACAGUUUUAAGUCAAUAUUACAAGUUGAAUACAGAUUUUAACUUUAAAUUUGAAAGGUAAGUAACAAGAUGUUUGGAAGUACACUUGCAUUUGAAAACAUUUGUUCUGUUAAUGAUUUGGUAUUGUGUGCUAAAGGUUAUUUACACUGACAAAAAAGCAUUGUCCAGUUGUUGAGAAUUUUGACAUACAUAAUUACAACUGUAGUGCAAUGCUUAUAAUGACAAGAUAGCGUAGUAUAAAGUUUAUAGAUAAAUGAUUCUGUAUAUCUAUAUCUAUAUAUAUAUAUAGAAUCAAGUGUUUUACGUUUUUAAUUAAACUUCCAAGUAAAUUCCUUGGGAACACAGUCUUAGGGCAUUUGUAUUAUAGUAUUUGCUUUCCUUUAAUGUUGGUUUGCAAUCUGGAGACUACUUAUAGGCAUGUCUGAAGUCCUGGGUGAGGCCAGUUAGGCCUUUGUUAACAUAUGCCACCUCACUGUGUGGAAGUUAGCUGUACAAGUUGUCUGGCUUCUUACCUAGGUACAUAAUGGGAUUUCCUAGUUUCAUGGCCUUUAGCUGCUCAGGAUGUAUCUGGCAGUUUAUAAAAAUAGUAUUUUACGUUUUUAUAGUUAAUACAGCUUUAAGUUGUGACAAAUAUUGGAAAGGCUCAUCAGUCAGUUCAGUUUACAAAAGACACAGAUUUAAAGAAAUUUCUACUAACCAUGAUAAACCUAGAAUAAUGAGAUUCAUGCAGUAUUGUGGUGGUGUGAUCCUUAUUUUGAUUACAAGGUAAUUUGAUAAAAGAUUUGUUACAUUAUUGGUUUUAGAGAAUGAAUGGUUUGCCAGGAUAGAUUACCUUUAUUGGAGCAACUGUUAGUGUAGUUAAUAAUUAAGUUAUAUUUCCUUACCUAUUUUUAAUGCAAACCUAGAAAAUGUAAAUUACAUGUAAAAUUAAUUGACAGUUUAGGGUUUGUUUCCAUGGUACUAAAUGAUGAUGUAUAACAGCAAGUAGCUUGUUUAAUAUGCAAGCCCAGAAGAUUCAGUUCUUCAAAUGAGGUACUAAUGUAAAAUACAAAUUAGCAUAAGAGGAAAUAUUUUCCUUAAAUUCUAAAACUGAAUAAUUUGUGUACACAUAUCCUUAGUUUGUGGCCCCUUAACAAUAUUUUAGAACAUCAUAGACUCCCAGAAAUGCUGCUAUACCAAGGUCCUUGCAGCACCCAGAGGUCUUCCUUAGCUUUGUGCUAUCUUCCAGCAUUAAACCAGUUCAUGCUUGGAAAUGCUUAAGUUAGUGCUUGGGUGCUGCUCUGGAUCGUGGCCAGUAUAUUUGACAUUACCUCAGACAUUGCAGUUUUCAACAACAAAAUUAAAAAGACAGCUUGUUUUAGUUCAUUCUAGUUCUUAGAACCAUAACUUUACUAAUACAAUCAUUUUUAAACAUUGCAAAAAUUACACCAAAGAACCUGAAAUUUAUUUAUUUAUUAUUUAUUUAUUUUUAAAAAAUACUACUUUUAAGAACAGGAAGACACCUUUUGGAAGCUAUAUAGGUCAGAAAGAUCAGUGUUGGAAAAAUAAAUCUGCAGCGUUGUCUUUCCCAGGCUUUCAAGCAAAGGGCAGCUUUACCACUCCUAGUGGACCAGGAGUAAACAAUUAGAACUGUAAAUGAGGCCUUAGCCUUUUCUUUAUGGCAGUGCUGAGCACUGCUCCUAGACCAUUGGGCUGGCCCUAAUUAUUUUAAUUUAUUCCAAAAUUAUGUCUGUACUGGAAGCAUUUCAUUAUCAUAUUGGGUUUGAAAUUUGGUGGCUACAAUCCAGUAUUGCACAACCAGCUAAUGGAACUCUAUUCCAAUUAUAAAUUGUCCAAGAAAACAAACUAUGUCUUAUUUGUGCCCAUUUGAACCCAUUUGUUGUUUUCCACUGCCACGCACUGUAUUAGACUAAAAGGACUUUUGACUAUGGAAAUAAAAGUAUGGGAAGUGGUUGGCUUGCGUUAGUGGAAAAUAUAUAUUUCAUUAAACCAAUUGGAAAUGGUCAUCUCCUACUUCUUAUUCCCUGCUCUUUCCUUGAAGAGCAGCUUGUUCAUGUAAUAAUUCAAAUUGAUGUUUAUAACUUUUCAGCAUAUGUGCUUUUGGACCUGGUUAAUCCAUGCCUCAUUUUUACUCCUGGUUGUAUACUCCACUGAGUAAAGUGGUAACCAGUCAAUAUGCAUGUAUUAUCAGUUUGUCUUUCUGAGGCUUUUGAUUUAAAUAAAAAUAGUUUGCAGUUUGGAUUAA